UUUUUUGUGAUUGAGCCACAAAACAUAAAAACAAAAUUGAAUUGAUUGUGCUGUGAAUUUACUGAAUUUAUUUCUUAUUGAAUUAAAUUAAACUUAUUGCACUAUUCACAUCAGAAACCCUAUAAGCAAUGGCAAACAGUAAUAUGGGGCAAGGGAGCAACAUGCCAAAUCUAGGCCUAAACCAGGGAGCGAUCCAAUACGUAAACAACCCUCUUCAGAGUCCUCAACUGCAGUCCACGUCGCUCCAGGGGUCCCCCUCGUCGCACAGCCCCAUGGGGACGCAAUCUCAGAUGGGCUCUAAGGGCAUCUCUAGUGGAGGAGGGGAUCAGGCUACCCAGCUACUAAGCCGACCCCGGCUACAAGAGCUGGUCCGGGAGGUGGACCCGACGGUGCAGCUCGACGAGGAAGUGGAGGAGAUGCUGCUGCAGCUCGCGGACGACUUCAUUGACACCACACUGAACGCCGCCUGUGCCCUCGCCAAGCAUCGGCAUGCACCCACCGUGGAGCUCAGAGAUGUGCAACUGCACUUAGAGAGGCAAUGGAACAUGUGGAUCCCUGGAUUUGGCAAUGAUGAGCUCCGCCCCUACAAGAGAUCAACAGUCACCGAGGCACACCGGCAACGCAUGGCACUUAUCAGGAAAACUAUCAAGAAAUACUAGUAUAUAAUUAUUUAGGAUUUGUAAGACUGUACUUUAUAAGUUAUUGGACUGUAAUCUUUAAGGUAUGAUGUAAUUAAAAUAAUUUUCGGUUAAGAAAACUUUUUUUAAAUC